GUCCUUAUUAAUUGUGGGACACAACAAUUAGCUGUGGCUAACUAGCUUGCCAGUUAUACUUUUAUUGGCACUGUGUGAAACAGCAUGCACAUUUCAUCGAAGGUUUUGGCUAAAAGAAUAUGAGCAAAGAUUCCAAGAUGAGAGCAACAAUUAAUCAGAAGUUAACUGAGAUGGGUGAACGAGAGCGAUUGAAGGAGUUGCUCAGAGCUAAACUCACUGAAUGCGGAUGGAGGGAUCAGCUGAAAGCUCAUUGCAAAGAUGUCAUCAAAGAAAAGGGCUUGGAGCAUGUGACUGUCGAGGACCUUGUGGUAGAGAUCACCCCUAAAGGAAGAGUUCUGGUGCCUGACAGCGUGAAGAAGGAGCUGCUGCAGAGGAUAAGAGCCUUCCUGGCUCAGCAUGCCACAUAAUGGAACCAGCUUGAACUUUUUUUUAUACCCUUUUGCUUUCAGAUUUGUUAUAGAGAACUUGUUUUCUUUUUGCCAUCAUGCUGUUAUUAUUAGCUAUGUUGUGCAAUCUUCCAUCAUGAUUUAGACCUAUUCAGUUGCUUUGUUCAAUGUCCGAUUUUAAGAAUAAAGAUGUUUGUUUUCA